GUAAACAAUAAGGUAGAACAUUGGAUAAUGAAAAAUGUAAAAAGUUGGAUGGAUAGACGUAUGGAAGUGUCACUGGGCAAGCGUAGAAUGCCUUAGAAUCCAAUUGGUAUGUACCCUGUUAUAGGCGCUAUAACCCAACCGAAGUGGUGGUAGAAAAGAAGGAAGAUCCAUUGGAGAGAUGGAUAUAGAGAGAAAGGAUUGGUGAGUACUGGUGAGUACUGGUGAACGAUAAGGAGGACAGAGGGGAAAAGAGAUGGAUGGAUAUAGAGUGAAUGCGGUGGGAAAAUUGAGUUGGAGUAUAGGCCGAGGAAAGCAAGGAGCCAAGAGCAGCGUGAGCGCCUAGAGGGAGGAGCAGCAGCCAAAGCGCUGUGCUUCCUGUUGUUGGUGUGUUAGCCUAAAAAAAAAAAAUACAUUAUAAAAUACCUUGAAAUACUGUACGGUUGUUACCAACGACCGAAUGUCUCCUCAAUGCGACGAAAAUGGUGAAGUGUGGAGUAAAGUGGGCAUUGAGUAAGGCCUUGGACAUCUCAAAUCAUGACAGAGGCCUCAGACGAUGGUAAUUAUCUGGUGAGGGUCCGGGCCCAGGUGAUGACGAGGGAUGAUAGCUCUGGUGGAUGGGUACCACUCAGUGGCGGUGGAUUGGCCAAUGUAUCUGUCAGACGUAGGGCUGCAUCAGGUGGAAGUUGUAGUACUGCUACUGGGGCCAGUAGUACCACAUCCAGCACAAAUCCAACUGCUGGAUCAUCACCGAGUAAUAAUCCAGCACCAGUUGCCAUUAGCCAAAGCCAUGGAACGUUGAGCACAUCACCUCCUAGUACAGCUAAAAGAAGACACGAGUAUCUUAUUUAUGGGAAACGAAUUACUGAUCAAUCGGUCGUUCUCAGCUGUACGAUAAAAAAAGAUUUUCAGUACAACAAAGUUAUGCCGACAUUUCAUCAUUGGCGCACUGGAGAAAAAAAAUUUGGACUCACCUUCCAAACAGCCGCUGAUGCAAGGGCUUUUGACAAAGGUGUACGAACAGCAGUUGAAGAACUUCUGGAAGGUCUCGCCAAUGCUACAUUAAAUGGUGGACAUCCAGACGUUGGUGAUGAGAGUGUAUUCAUGACUGUUAAUUUACCAGUGGAGCCCCCAGAUCCACGUCAAUCGUCAGAUCAAGGUCGUGGAAUAGUUCGUGUACCGAAUUAUCAUUCCCAGUGUAGCGACAUAGCAGAUGCCCACAAAUCAAUUCAUUACAUCGGUAGUGAGCCAUCAAGCAAGGUUGUACCGCCACACCAUCAUCCACUGGAGUCAAGUGGUGAUGUGGGUGUUGACAAUUGUCCUUAUGUGCAGUUGACGAGUCUCAAUCAUGAUUACCUGUAUCCAGUGAUCGAUGAUCACAAAGGCAACAAUUCAACAGAGCGUCGUACAUCGAGUGAUUCACUCAAGAAGCCCGACAUUAUAAUAUCACAGCCGAGUAAAAAUUCCGACAAAUUGCGUGGCAAUUGUCGAUUACGAUGUAAACAUUGUCAACAGACGUAUGGAGAGCAUGAUAAUCCACGUGGUGCAUGUGAGUACGCACCAGAUUUGAUAAGCAAAGGCAUUGCCACGGUAUCGUGUCUCUUGUGCGCAAAGUGCAUGUUGUAUCACUGUAUGAGUGAUGCUGAGGGUGAAAAUUCACAAAAUCUUGAGCACAAUCCGUGUACCUGCAGUACUGAGGAUGGAUGUGGUAGACGAUGGUUUGGCUUGGCACUUUUGUCUCUCAUAGUUCCGUGUUUAUGGUUAUAUCCGCCAUUGAGAGCAAUUCACUGGUGUGGUAUGGCCUGUGGCAUAUGCGGUGGACGUCAUCAUCCGAUGGAAUAACUGGAGGAACCCUUUGAUAUCUCUGGGCCGUUCUCGAUUGAGCCGCACUAUAUGGCAGCGAUGCCUAGUGGGGCUGUGGCUAAUGUUUAUGAAUGCCACGAUCUAAGUAUGGGCCGGUGUCAGAGAUACCAAAGGGGCAGACAGUUACCAGUUCAUGCGCUUAUUCAUCAACGUCACCUGUAAUCAGCGUUAUAUCCAGGGUAAACGGUUUAUUAUUUUCAUUGGUUCACGCAAUUUAUUCAUCUCUUUUGCUCAUUUUUUAUUACUUAAUUAUCUACAUUUUUUCACACAUUUAUUGGGGGAGAGUUCAAUCAGUCAGGGCCGUGCAGAAUUUAACAUAUUUAUGCUUAUGUUCGUGCCUUUCUCAUUUGGUUGGAAGGCAAAUUAUCACACGCGGGUGGCUUCGAGUCGAAUCAGCAAGGCCAAUUCAAUGUUAGAUAAUUAAGUUGUCCAGAAUGAAUGUCAUUGGUGGCUCGACACUCGCACCGACCUUGACUCAACUUUUGCCAAAUUUAAAAUAGUUGGGCUUUUGGUCAUUGAUAACAGCAAACGAAUAUCUCCGUGGAGAGUACCUCUAAUUAGGGGUGACGGUUUCCAUUAUAACGUUCACUUCCUUGUUGUAUCAUUUUUCUUUUUCUUUUCCUGACAAUCAACCCCAUGUUAUUCUAUGGAUCAUCAUCUUUCAAUUUCUUUUAUAUUUUUUUCAUCUUGUGGAUACAUAGUGGACGUCUGUUAUGUAUGUUUCAAAAUUUAUGUGUAGAUGAACAAGCAAGAUAAGUCAGAAUAACUGUUUUCCCAUUACAACUUAGAUCAUUGUCGGAUGUGUGGACGUUAAAGAAUAUAUAUUUUCCUUGAUUGUUGAAAAAAAUCACCAAGAGCAGCAGAGCAGUUUUAUUCCCCGCUCUAUGUUUCCAGUAUUCUCGAUAAUUCCCUCGAGCUUUUGGUGUAAUUCACGUGCAUGACAACCCAGAGAUACGAAUUAUUGGAGGACUGGAGCAAUAAUUCCUGCUCCAGUCAAUCCAGUAAUGAUUUCUCGAUAAAUUUGUCUUUUGUUGUUUUGAUGUAUAUAAGACACGAAGACAAAGAAUUAAAAAUAGUCCAAGGGGACAAAUAGAACAAGUAAGAAGAAACUUAGAAUGAGUCAUUAAAUUCAUUGUUUACUUCCUGUGGAUGAUUUUUCCAUUUCUUCCAUUAAUUUUUUAACGUUUGUAAUUGCAAGUGGAAACACGAUUGAGCUUUAAUAUCGCCCAACACUGAUUAAAAUCCAGAAAAUAUAGAGAAAAUCUGAUCAUAAGAAACAGAGACGAUAUUACGGAAGAAUAAACCUGAUCGUUAAUUCUAAAAGUGUUUAGCGAGGAUAUUUUUACGUUUAUUGAUUUAAUCACUAGGUGAGAAUAAAUAAAAGGCGAUGGAAAAAUUCCAGGGUAAUUGUCGUAGAUGAAAAAUAUAAUCCAUGCAUUGAAUAUAUAAAAUCAACGAUGAACCACAUUCGAUUGAAAUUGACAAAAAUAAAAGAGAUACAUAUUUAUUUAAUUGGUUGAACGACGGAACAAGUUAUACUGACAUUUAUCCUAGCACUAACGUAUACAAGGAGAGUAAAGAAAAUUAACGAUUGCGAGAGUAAGUGCUGAAGCUUUUUUAGAUUAAAAGGAAAAAUAAUAAUUAAAAAAAAAAAAGAAUGUUAGUGUAUUCGAUUUUAUAUUGACUUUUUUACAGUUUUGUAUAUUCAAAAAGUGCCAGUGUAUUCCUGAAGGCUCAGAGGAGUGCACUUUGACACUUUUUGCUUUAGGAUAACACGUGUAGUGGUAAAAAAAAAAACGUUACUUUGUACACUCGUAUGCGCACCCCCAUGCACAAUCAAUAAUACAACUUUAGUUGAUUUGUCGAGGAUAAAAAAUAUAUAUAUAUAAAUUCAAUGAUUUUCUGUGGAAGGAAUUAGAUACAUUGACAAGAGAGAGAAAAAUGAAAAUAUUCAAGAGAUGAAAACAAUACCAAGAUUAAUUAAUAAGUGAAAAAUGUGGGAAAUAGUCGAAACAUUAAGCCAAUGGGAUAUAGCAUGCAUCCAGGGUAAUUAUUUUUUCAUCAGUCAUUAAUCCAUGAAUUUGACACCCAGCCAUAUAUUUUCUUUUUUAUUAAUUAUAUAAUCUGCUAAGCGUUAAUGUUUGAUUUACCAUGCAGAGGCAAGGUGAAUAGAAUUACGAGAAAAGCGUAACACGGAAAUGAGAUAUUUUUGUGAUUGACACACACCAACUGAAUGAAUUUAAUUGCUCGAUUCGAAGAUACGAUGAGACACUGAUAUCGUUAUAAGAUCACUUAAGAAAUUACAUUUUUCUUGAUUAUGUAUAUAUAAUGUAUUAUUUUACUGCCAUAACUAACGGUUGGUUUAAUCUUUAGAAUAUCACGUUUUCCUAUGUCCAGUUUCACAUUUGUACUAAUUUUGAGUAUUGAAUCGUGAAAUAUAUUGUAUUUUCUCAAUUGUAGACAAUGGCGACUAGGGAAUGAAAUGAGAGUGAAAAGGAGAGAGAAACUCAUGUUUUAAUUUGUGAAUAAGUACAAAAGCUAUUUUCCCAAUAAGUCCAUUUGUGAUGACUACCAAAUGUGGAUACCUGUUUAAUCGUCUUGAGUAUUCCUCGUGGAUUCCAAUGUCAAUCCCAGAUGAUAGAGAUUUAAAAAGAAGCGACAAAAAUAAUAAGGUAAAAGAAUGAAUAAUUAAAUCACUAAAUAAUUAAAUUAACGAAAUGUCUAAAGAUAAUGAUAAUUGUUAAGUGAGGAGCACCGGAUGAAUGUGCAAAUGUGAUUUGAGCGAAUGGGUUUUCUUCCUACUAAUUUAAAUUGCUUCCUAUAAAAUUUAUGAAUGAUCAUUUAACCAUGCGACGAAUGAAAAUAAUAAAAGAUAGUGUUUAAUAAUAAAUACAUGAAUGUGUCUAUAAUUAGCAUACCAAUUCACGUUAAAUAUAUUUACUAUUACGGCUGGAAUGAUUGUGAAUAAAAGAUGAUGAUAAUGAUAAAACAAAUGCUGCUAUUGCCCAUGCAGAAAAGUUAAUGUAAAAAUUUACAAUGAACAAAGCGAAGUUGAUAGAAAAAUGGUAUUCAAGGGGGAAUACAUAUUAAUUGCAAACAUUAUCGUCGAGUUUAAAAUCUGCCACUGACGAAUUAACAAUAAAAAAUGAUAAACGUUGAAAAA